GGCCUUUUUAACGAGUGUUUGUGUGUGCGAAGAACCAGCAACGGCCAUUAGAGGAGCCACCUAGAGAGAGAAACGGCUCCUUUUUACCCUUUUUUUUUUUCAAAAAAAUCAUGUCCAUUAGAGUAACCUAGAGAGGGACAACGGCUAAAUUUCCACUUUCUUUUCAAUAAAAACUCCACCACCCCCUUAAUAUAUUUCGGAAUUCCCCCUCUCUCUCCUCUCUCUCUCCUCUCUCUCUCUUGUCUGAAGCCUUCAAACCGCGAUUCGGUCUCUUGGGUUCUCGUCGAGAGGCGCUUUGAGGGCCAAGCCACGGUUUUCCGGGCGAUUUUCCCCCGGAUUUAUUGCCGGAAAUUUGAUCCAUCGCCAGAUGUGUGGUAGGAUCUCGCAAAAACAGUGCUGGGCAACAUCUUCGAAAUAAUCGGCUAUUUGUUCACUGCAUGCGUUGGAAGUUAGGGUGUUUUUCAUUCCAUUAUCACCUUCUCUUUUUCUGGUUUAUUUUGCGGGAUACAUGAUGCCUGAAGGGUACUAUAUGUCGAAGAAGACUGAUGCUAUAUGCGAGGAAGUUUGUGGAGAGAAUGGGGUUUUUUUGCUUUGUUUGGACAUAAGCAUUAUGCUGCUCUGAUUCUUACUUGGGAUAUCCAUGAUAGUGAGGCCACUCAGUCGGUAUCGAGCAUGUCGCGCCUUCCAUGCAUCUUCAGGGGUAUGGACUUGAAAGCCUUCAUCUUCCUCUUUGUAGUAGUCCCCCUAUGUAUAUUUGGUGUGUAUCUCCAUAGCCAAAAGAUUACAUAUUUCUUAAGACCCAUAUGGGACAGAGCACCGAAACCAUUCCAUGAUAUUCCCCACUAUUAUCAUGAGAACGUCUCCAUGGAAACUCUAUGCAAACUACAUGGAUGGGGUGUUCGAGAAUCACCUCGUCGUGUAUAUGACGCCGUCGUAUUCAAUAACGAGCUAGAUAUGCUCUCUAUUCGGUGGAACGAGCUAUACCCAUACAUAACUGAAUUUGUUCUCCUCGAAUCGAAUUCCACAUUUUCAGGCAUCCCCAAGCCUCUAUUCUUCAAAAAUAAUAAAGAACAAUUCAAAUAUGUCGAGAGCAGGUUAACUUAUGGGAUGAUUGGGGGGAGGUUCAAGAAAGGAGAGAACCCAUUUGUUGAGGAGGCCUAUCAGAGGGUGGCUCUUGAUCGUCUCUUGAGGUUUGCAGGCAUAACUGAUGAUGACUUAUUGAUAAUGUCUGAUGUUGAUGAGAUACCAAGUGCUCACACCAUUAACCUCCUUCGCUGGUGUGAUGAUAUUCCCCGUGUCUUGCACCUGAGACUAAAAAACUACCUUUACUCCUUUGAAUUUCUCGUCGAUGAUAAGAGCUGGAGGGCCUCUGUUCAUAGAUAUCAGACUGGCAAGACAAGAUAUGCCCAUUAUCGCCGGACUGAUGAUUUAUUGGCUGAUGCUGGGUGGCAUUGCAGUUUUUGCUUUAGGCAUAUAAGUGAAUUUACAUUCAAGAUGAAAGCUUAUAGCCAUGUGGAUAGAGUGAAGUUCUCUGACUUCCUGAAACAUUCUAGAAUUCAAGAUAUUAUAUGUAAGGGGGCCGACCUUUUUGACAUGUUACCUGAAGAAUACACUUUCAAGGAGAUUAUUGGGAAACUUGGACCUGUACCCCGUUCUUAUUCAGCUGUUCACUUACCUUCUUAUCUCUUGCAAAAUGCUGAGAAAUACAAGUAUCUAUUGCCAGGCAACUGUUUGAGGGAACGUGGGUGAUCUUUUUGGAAGUGGAUUUUGAAUUUUGAAGUUUUAAAAGCUGAUAAUGGUGGGAAGCUGCUGGUUCCAAGUGUUAAAUCAUGUGUGCUAUGGUGGCUAUGUAUCAAGAUGGCCAACUGGAUUGGAUCAGUCUUUCAGAGAGAGGAGAGAGGAAAGCAAGGAGUGGGUGGCUUAUUGCACUUCGGAGAUGAAAUUUUUGUAAUUUUUUGAAGUGUAGGGUUGUUUCAUAUGUAGCAUAUGGCAAUUUGCCAAUGGAGAAUUUGGGGGUAGCUGCUGCUUUCGAAAGUUUGCCCUCUCUAUCUUCAUUGGUGUGGACUCAAUCCCCUUUCCUCCACUUUUUGCGAUUGAAAUGGAAAUUUUGAGCGACUUCCUGGGCUUUCGUGAGCUGGGAUUUUGUGUUAUCUAGCGACUGACUUAAUUCAACUAUUCUUGUAACUUCUUAUGGCUGCCUACACUUUGCCAGAUUUCUUUGUGUGACACUGCUUAUAUACUGCUUUUCCAUAGUCUUAUUUUUGUGCA